AUGGCAGAAUACGAGGCUUAUAUCUUCGGCAUAGAAUCUACGAUUGAUCUUAGGAUUAAAAUUCUCGAAAUCUAUGGAGAUUCAGCCUUGGUCAUCAUUCAAGUGAAAGGAGAUUGGGAAGCUCGAGAUCACAAGCUAAUCCCUUACAAGGAGCAUGUCCUUAAACUGAUCUCAUACUUUGAUGAGAUUACAUUUCACCAUAUCCCUAGAGAGGAAAAUCAGUUGGUCGAUGCCUUGGAAACUCUAUCAUCCAUGUUUAAGGUCAAAUGGAAGAAUGAAACACCAUCUUUUCAUCUUGAUUACUUAGACGAGUUCACUUACUAUUUGGCAGUCAAAGAUAAAACUGAUGACCAUCCUUGGUCCUACGACGUCAUGAGGUUCCUAGAAAGCCAAGAGUGUCCGGAGAACGCAUCCAUCAUCGGUCAUAAGUAUCUUCAGAAACUGUCAUCUAAAUUCUUCUUAAGUGGCUGA